CAGCGUUCGACUCUCGUCAGUGUAGUGCGAUUCCGUGAGAACGGUCACUGUGUGUUGUGAACCUUAAUAAAAAAAAAAAAAUAGUGUGACCCGAAUAAUAGUGCCCGACACAACAACCCGAAAAAAUGCCAAGGAUUAUUUAAACGGAUAUUGUUUAUUUCUAAUCAGAUCCCAUUACGUUGAUGCCUUUCCAUAAUGGUUAUUGUGACGCGGGGUGAUUACAUAUGGAUCGAGCCAACAACAGGAGGGGAAUUCGAUGUCGCGAUCGGUGCAUGCGUGGUGUCGGCAGAGGGAAGGAGGAUCGCGGUACGAGACGACGAUGGAGAGGAGCACUGGCUGUCGCCCGAAAGGAGAAUCAAGGCUAUGCACGCUACUUCCAUCAACGGGGUGGAGGACAUGAUCGGUCUGGGCGACCUCCAUGAAGCAGGAAUUCUCAGAAAUCUUCUCAUCAGAUACAACGAGAAUCUCAUUUAUACGUACACUGGAUCAAUUUUAGUAGCCGUUAAUCCUUAUCAAAUCCUUCCAAUCUACACUGCAGACCAAAUUAAACUUUACAAGGAACGAAAAAUUGGUGAACUACCUCCACAUAUUUUUGCCAUAGGUGAUAAUUCGUAUGGACACAUGAGACGUUAUGGACAAGAUCAAUGUAUAGUCAUCUCCGGUGAAUCGGGUGCGGGAAAAACAGAAAGUACAAAAUUAAUUCUCCAAUAUCUAGCAGCCAUCAGUGGAAAACACUCGUGGAUAGAACAACAAAUUCUAGAAGCCAAUCCGAUUCUAGAAGCCUUCGGUAACGCAAAAACCGUGAGAAACGACAACAGUUCCAGGUUCGGAAAAUACAUCGACAUCCACUUCAAUAGAGACGGAGUCAUAGAAGGGGCCAAAAUAGAACAAUAUUUACUGGAAAAGAGUAGAAUAGUAUCGCAGAAUCCGGAAGAAAGAAAUUAUCAUGUAUUUUAUUGCAUUUUGGCUGGACUGGGGAAGGACGAUAAGAAGAAAUUGGAAUUAGGAGAUGCUAGUCAAUAUCGAUACCUAACUGGGGGAGGAUGUAUAACCUGCGAAGGCAGAGACGAUUCUGCAGAAUUCGCAGACAUCAGAAGCGCGCUGAAAGUCCUCUUAUUCUCCGACUCGGAAAUAUGGGAAGUCAUGAAACUCCUGGCGGCAAUUCUUCACAUAGGCAACAUCAAAUACAAAGCCACCGUUGUGGAUAAUUUGGACGCCACCGAAAUCCCUGAUCCUACGAACGUCCACAGGGUAGCAAACCUUUUAGGUGUCCCUCCUCAACUAUUAAUAGACGCUCUUACUAGAAAGACUCUCUUCGCUCACGGCGAAACCGUGGUAUCCACGCUAUCCAGGGACCAAAGUGUCGACGUCAGAGACGCUUUCGUUAAAGGAAUAUACGGUCGGAUGUUCAUCCACAUAGUCAGAAAGAUCAACAAGGCCAUAUACAGACCCAAAGAGAGGCAGAGAAGCUCUAUAGGCGUCUUGGAUAUAUUCGGUUUCGAGAAUUUCGAUCAUAAUAGUUUCGAGCAGUUUUGUAUCAAUUUUGCGAACGAAAAUUUGCAGCAAUUUUUCGUUAGGCAUAUUUUUAAGUUGGAACAAGAGGAGUACAAUUUGGAGGGGAUCAACUGGCAACAUAUCGAGUUCGUUGAUAAUCAGGAUGCCUUGGAUUUGAUCGCUAUAAAGCAAUUGAACAUCAUGGCGCUAAUAGACGAAGAAAGUAAAUUUCCCAAAGGCACUGACCAAACUUUCCUCGCCAAACUCCACAAACAACACGGACGGCACAGAAAUUACCUCAAGCCCAGGUCGGAUAUCAACACGAGUUUCGGUCUCAACCACUUCGCUGGAGUCGUAUUUUACGACACCAGAGGCUUUUUGGAGAAAAACCGAGACACUUUCAGUCCAGAUUUACUCCAACUGAUCACGAUCAGCGGCAACAAAUUCCUGCAGCAAAUCUUCGCUGAGGAUAUCGGAAUGGGAUCCGAAACUAGGAAGAGAACUCCGACUUUGUCGACGCAGUUCAAGAAAAGUUUGGAUUCGUUGAUGAGGACGCUGUCCAACUGCCAACCGUUCUUCAUUCGUUGCAUCAAACCGAACGAGUUAAAGAAGCCGAUGAUGUUCGAUAGGACAUUAUGUUGCAGACAGCUGAGGUAUUCCGGUAUGAUGGAAACUAUAAGAAUUAGAAGAGCCGGAUAUCCAAUCAGGCACAGUUUUCCCGAGUUCGUGGAACGAUACAGAUUCCUUAUUUCUGGUAUUCCUCCAGCCCACAAGACUGAGUGCAGAAGCGCCACUGCAAGAAUUUGCUCCAUAGUUUUAGGACGAUCUGAUUAUCAACUCGGCCAUAAUAAAGUGUUCCUUAAAGACGCCCAUGAUCUAUUUCUAGAACAGGAAAGAGACAGAGUUCUUACCCAGAAGAUUCUUAUUUUACAACGGUCUAUUCGAGGUUGGGUAUACAGAAGACGAUUCUUACGACUUAGAGCCGCCACAAUAAUAAUUCAAAAAUACUGGAAGGCCUACGCUCAGAGACAGCGCUAUAGAAAGAUGCGCUUAGGCUACAUGCGACUCCAAGCUCUUAUACGCGCCAGAGUUUUGUCGCACAGGUUUAGACAUCUACGGGGACACGUGGUGGGACUUCAAGCACACGCUAGAGGGUAUCUAGUGAGAAGGGAGUACGGUUACAAAAUGUGGGCUAUAAUAAAGAUACAAUCACACGUAAGAAGAAUGAUAGCUCAAAGGAGGUACAAGAAAAUUAAAUUCGAACAAAAGAGGCAAGUAGAAGCUUUAAGACUGAGAAAGAAGGAAGAGAGAGAAUUGAAGGAUGCUGGAAAUAAGCGCGCCAAAGAAAUUGCAGAACAACAUUACCGAGAACGAAUAUAUCACAUGGAAAAGAAAGAAAUGGAAAUUGAAAUGGAGGAAAGAAAGUUGGUAGAAGAAAAGAAAAAUAAAAUUAAUGAAGCGGCUAGGAAGGCAGACGAACCGGUCGACGACUCCAAAUUGGUAGAAGCCAUGUUUGAUUUUCUGCCGGAUAGUUCGAGUGAAGCACCUACUCCAGGUCGGGAGACGUCUGUAUUCAAUGAUUUACCAUCCAGACCAGCCGAAAAUGAAAUAAUCAGUCCAUUGGCGGCAGCUUCUGAAGACGAAGAAGACCUAAGCGAAUUUAAAUUCCAAAAAUUCGCUGCUACGUACUUCCAAGGCAACGUUGGACACCAAUAUUCUAGGAAACCAUUAAAACAUCCAUUGCUACCAUUACACACGCAAGGUGAUCAAUUGGCUGCUCAAGCUCUAUGGGUAACCAUCCUUCGUUUCACCGGAGAUCUUCCAGAACCUCGUUACCACACAAUGGACAGAGACACCACUUCAGUUAUGUCAAAAGUGACAGCUACGCUAGGUCGUAACUUUAUUCGCAGUAAGGAAUUCCAAGAGGCUCAACUCAUGGGUCUGGAUCCAGAUUCGUUUUUAAAACAGAAACCGAGGUCUAUAAGGAACAAAUUGGUGUCGUUAACAUUAAAACGGAAGAAUAAAUUGGGCGAAGACGUUAGAAGGAAAUUGCAAGAUGAAGAAUACACGGCGGACAGUUAUCAGUCGUGGUUAGAAACAAGGCCUACUAGUAAUUUGGAAAAAUUACACUUUAUUAUCGGUCAUGGUAUUCUGAGAGCUGAACUGAGGGACGAAAUAUAUUGUCAAAUUUGCAAACAGCUUACCAAUAAUCCUUCAAAAUCAUCACACGCUAGAGGUUGGAUCCUUCUUUCUUUGUGCGUUGGCUGUUUUGCACCAUCUGAGAAAUUUGUUAGUUAUCUGAGAGCUUUUAUUAGAGAAGGUCCUCCCGGAUACGCACCAUAUUGCGAAGAUCGUCUAAAAAGGACUUUCAACAAUGGUACCCGAAACCAACCUCCAAGUUGGCUAGAACUGCAAGCCACCAAAUCUAAAAAACCAAUAAUGCUACCGAUCACGUUUAUGGAUGGCAACACGAAAACCUUGCUGGCCGAUUCUGCCACAACCGCCAGAGAAUUAUGCAAUCAACUAUCGGACAAGAUCAGCCUGAAGGACCAAUUCGGAUUUUCCCUCUAUAUUGCGUUGUUUGAUAAGGUUUCUUCGUUGGGAAGCGGAGGGGAUCACGUCAUGGAUGCUAUUUCACAGUGCGAACAAUAUGCAAAAGAACAAGGCGCUCAAGAACGUAACGCCCCUUGGAGGCUCUUCUUCCGCAAAGAAAUCUUCGCUCCUUGGCACGAGCCUACCGAAGAUCAAGUAGCCACGAACCUGAUCUACCAGCAAGUGGUACGCGGUGUUAAAUUCGGAGAGUACAGGUGCGAUAAAGAGGAAGAUUUGGCCAUGAUAGCAGCGCAACAGUAUUUCAUCGAGUACAGUAGUGACAUGAAUGUGGAGAGGUUGCUGACGCUGUUGCCGAAUUAUAUUCCGGAUUAUUGUUUGACAGGCGUGGAGAAGGCCGUUGACAGGUGGGCCGCGUUGGUGGUGCAAGCCUAUAAGAAGAGUUAUUAUGUUAAAGAGAAGGUACCAUGCCUAAGAGUCAAAGAAGACGUUGUCAGCUACGCAAAAUUCAAAUGGCCUUUACUCUUCUCAAGAUUUUACGAAGCCUAUCGCAAUUCUGGACCAAAUCUGCCAAAGAACGAUGUCAUCAUCGCUGUCAACUGGACUGGAGUGUACGUGGUAGACGAUCAAGAACAGGUAUUGCUAGAGCUGUCGUUCCCCGAAAUAACUACAGUGGCCAGUCAAAAAACGAAUAAAGUUUUUACGCAAACGUUCAGUUUGAAUACCGUGAGAGGGGAGGAAUUUACUUUCCAGAGCCCGAAUGCUGAGGAUAUUCGGGAUUUGGUGGUUUAUUUCUUAGAAGGACUUAAAAAAAGGUCGAAGUUUGUGAUCGCUUUACAAGACUACAAAGCGCCAGGUGAGGGUUCCAGUUUCUUGACAUUCUUGAAGGGAGAUUUGAUCAUUUUGGAGGAGGACAGUACCGGCGAAACGGUACUAAACUCGGGUUGGUGCGUUGGAAGGUGUGAAAGGACGCAAGAGAAGGGAGACUUUCCUGCGGAAACGGUUUACGUACUGCCCUGUAUGUCAAAACCUCCUGCCGAAAUAUUGCUGUUGUUCUCUGUCGAAGGGGCGGAACACAGUCGUCGACUAAGCCAACAAUACUCAGUCAACGGAACAGAAACCAGAGACCGCCCCCACAACCUAGCCGAUUAUGCCAUAGAUCACUUCCGGCCGCCGGUGAAGAGAACCAUGUCGAAAGCCCUCACCCUAACCUCCGGUCGUAGAAGCGCAGACGACCUAUGGAGACACUCCCGCGAUCCCAUCAAGCAACCCCUUCUGAAGAAACUGUUAGCGAAGGAGGAACUAGCGGAGGAAGCUUGUUUCGCCUUCAGCGCCAUCUUGAAGUACAUGGGGGAUUUACCGUCGAAAAGGCCCAGGAUGGGGAACGAAUACACCGAUCACAUUUUCGAUGGACCCCUAAAGCACGAGAUACUUAGGGACGAGAUAUAUUGUCAGAUCAUGAAGCAGCUGACUGACAAUCGAAAUAGGCUAUCUGAAGAACGAGGUUGGGAACUAAUGUGGUUAGCAACGGGUCUCUUCAGCUGUUCACAAAGCCUCCUGAAAGAACUCACCUUAUUCCUUAGAAGUAGACGACAUCCAAUUUCCCAAGACUCCUUACAGAGAUUACAGAAAACGCUAAGAAACGGACAAAGAAAAUACCCACCUCAUCAAGUAGAAGUCGAAGCUAUUCAACACAAAACCACCCAGAUAUUCCACAAAGUGUAUUUCCCUGACGAUACCGACGAAGCGUUCGAAGUUGAUUCUAGCACGAGGGCUAAGGAUUUCUGUCAAAAUAUCAGUCAGAGGCUCAAUUUACGAUCCAGCGAAGGAUUUAGCUUGUUUGUUAAAAUUGCAGAUAAAGUAAUUUCAGUACCCGAAGGAGAUUUCUUCUUUGAUUUCGUGAGACAUUUGACAGAUUGGAUACGAAAAGCUCGUCCAACAAGAGAUGGCAUUACUCCUCAAUUUUCUUACCAAGUUUUCUUUAUGAAAAAACUGUGGACGAAUACCGUGCCAGGUAAAGAUAGAAAUGCAGAUUUGAUUUUCCACUUUCACCAAGAACUGCCCAAACUGAUUAGGGGAUAUCACAAGUGUACUAAAGAAGAAGCUAACAAAUUGGCUGCUUUAGUGUACAGAGUCAGAUUUGGAGAGAGUAAGCAAGAACUGCAAGCCAUACCACAAAUGAUAAGGGAAUUAAUACCGUCCGAUCUUCACAAACUGCAAAGCGCAAACGAUUGGAAGAGAUCCAUAGUGGCGGCGUAUAACCAAGAUGCCGGCAUGAGUCCGGAGGACGCCAAAAUCACGUUUUUGAAAAUAGUGUAUCGUUGGCCCACUUUCGGAUCGGCGUUCUUUGAAGUGAAGCAGACCACAGAUCCCAAUUAUCCGGAAAUGUUGCUGAUUGCUAUCAAUAAGCAUGGAGUUAGUCUUAUACAUCCACAUACCAAGGAGAUAUUAGUAACCCACCCCUUCACCAGAAUAUCUAAUUGGUCUUCGGGUAACACGUACUUCCACAUGACGAUAGGAAACUUAGUAAGGGGCUCAAAACUGUUGUGCGAAACUUCAUUAGGUUACAAAAUGGACGAUCUAUUAACGUCCUACAUAUCCUUAAUGCUGACUAAUAUGAAUAAACAAAGAAGUUUAAGAAUCAAAUAGGUUUUGCGUUAAAAAAAAAGGUUAAAUAUAUUUUGCGAUUUUUGCAAUAUUUAUAAUAAAUAUACUGUUUAUUUAAAUUAUCGAUUCAGCAAACGUUUAAUGUUGUCUAUUAUUCAUGAGGAUAGAGUUUGUAAUACAAGGCGAGGGUACGACUAAUAAUUUAUCCGAAUGUGCGAUAAGAUAUUAUCAAUUCAAGUAGAUUACUAUACUUUUUAGAUUGUUAUUAAAAUUUGUUUAAUUUGAACAUAGAUCUGAUGAUUUUUUUAAAUCAAAAUACCUCUAUAGCGUGUAUGCCAAUGUCCGCGAUACAAUUUUGGAGUUUGAGUAAAAAUGAGUACUUACCUUCGAUAUGAAUCGUGAUGACUACAGUGCUGCUACGCUUGAACUCGAAGUCCUAGAAAUAUUCAAAUCAGUGAAUAAAAUAUGUUCCAUCGAACACUAGCUAAGAAAAUAAUAAAAAAAUCAUAAUUUUCUUUCUGGGAAACACUUCAAAAACCCUAGAACCGUUCAAAAAUUUUCUAUGGAAACCAAAAUGUUCUAAAAAAUAUAUUUCUACUGGUGGAUUUCAAAAAUUUAACUUCAAAGGUCUGACAGAUAUUAUAGUUAAUUUUUUUGUUGUUGAAAUUAAAUAACUUUGUAGUUUGACUUUAAAAGAGCCAUCAAU